AAAACAACAGGAACUAUAAUCUAUUCUAAUAUUCAUGGUAACCGCUAGUGCAAAUCAAGUUUAUUCUUGCACAGAGUAUCAUUUGAUUACUAGGAUCAAUAUAUAAAACAUGGCUUUGUGGAUAUGGAUAGUUACAUUACUGUGUGUUACUGGAAUUAUAGCCACUCAUGAAUGGGAUGAAAAUGGCUAUGUAUUUUUCUGUCUGUGUAUGGGAAGAUUUGGUAAUCAGGCAGACCAUUUCCUCGGAGGAUUAUCAUUUACCAAGUCAGUCAAUCGUACUCUUGUUUUACCAGCAUUUAGAACAUAUAAAAACAUACCUUUUGAUGAAUGGUUUAAAGUAGAACCAUUAGAAAAAUAUCACAAAGUUAUAUUGGCAGAAGACUUUAUGACAGAACUUGCACCUGAACACUGGCCUGUAGGGGAGAGAACUGGAUUUUGUUAUGCACCAAGGGGUGGAACUUGUGAAAUGAAGAAUGGUAAUCCAUUCACAAACUUCUGGGAUGAAUAUGGUGUUGAUUUUGAUGUGAUUCACCCACUACAGGCAUACUAUGCGGACGCACAGAAUUUUAUGGAUGUGUAUCCACCAGAUAAGUAUCCAGUGCUUGCUUUAAGAGGUGCUCCAGCAGCCUUUCCUGUGGCAGAACAAGAUGUUCCUUUACAAAAAUAUAUACAGUGGUCAGAUAAGAUACAGGACGAAAUAGAUCAUCAUAUCCACAAACUGUUCAAUGAUGACCCAUAUGUUGGUAUUCAUCUACGCAAUGGAGCAGAUUGGGAAAGAGCAUGUGAACAUGCUAAAGAUCAGAUGAGAUAUAUGGCAUCACCACAAUGUCUUGGAUAUAAAAAUUAUGAAAAACUACCAGCAAAUCUUUGCUAUCCAUCCACAACAGAAGUGCUAAGACUUACUAAAAAAGUUGUGGAAGAAACUAAAGUCAAACAUUUAUUCAUUGCAACAGACCAGAGGAAUCUAAUGAAUGAGUUAAAAGGAGUUUUGGGUUCAGAGAUCAACAUCGUCCAUUUAGAUCCACAUCUUCCUAUUAUAGACAUUGGAAUAUUACAGAAAUCUGAGCAUUUUAUAGGAAACUGUGUGUCAUCCUUUACUUCAUCUGUUUCUAGAGAUCGACUAGUCAAGGAAAAACCAACAUCAUUUUGGGGAUACAGCUGAUUGACUAGUAUCAAAGAAAUUCUGUUUAACAUUCCAAUUUCUAUAUAACAUUCUCUAUCCUUAUGAUGCAAUACUACUAUGCAACUAUGCUCUUGAAACAUGGACAUCAUCUAUAUCUAUACUGUUGAUCUGCAGGGGAAAUCCAUUACGUAUAUACUGCUGUGCAAACAUCAACCUGUGUGCUCAGUAUUUACAAGUGCAAUUAAAAUUGGAUGAAAUCAGGUGGUUUCUGCUUACAGCUGCAGUCUCCAAAGUUGCUCCAUGAAGCAUUCCAGAGAUUCUAGAUCAUAUACAUGCAAUUUGCCUAUUACUUUUUCGUCUACAUUGUAUUUAUUUUUAUAUAUGGUUUAUUUCCAAUGUACUUUAAAUCAUUGAAAUUUUUCAUCUAAUGAUUAUAUAUAUGUAUAAAACUCAUACCCACAUUACUUUUAUAUGUAUUAUGUGUUUGUCCUUUAAAAGGAAACUUUUGGAUUUGUUAACAUGAUCUUCAUGACAUAAAAUUGUAUUUAACUGAAGUUCUAUUUUUGUAUCAGUUAAAAAGAAAAUUGAAAAUUGAAAAUUAUUAAUUUCAUUCUGACUGGGGUAUGCCAGAGUGACAUUAAUUUAAUUCAAAAAGAACUUAAUUGAUGUUUGUUUAAUUUCUUAAAGAUAUUAAUCUAGAUUGUUGAGGAAUAUAACUUGACAUGUUGUUUUGUUAAUUGUUUAUUGGUGAGUUAAUAUCUUAACCUUUAGAUGUUUAUUUUGGGUUGCUGUCUCAGUCAGGUAUACGGUACUUUUGCCUGUAUAUACCUUGUGUCAUCAUACUAUUUAUAAUUUUAAAAUUAUUUAAUAAGGUAUGUUAUUUUUUUUUGAAAGACUUAUUGUUUUGCCUAGAACAUAAAUGGUGGUGCAAUCAUCGUUUUUGUUUGUACAUUGGGUUCUCUUAAGGGGUACUUUGGGG